UUUAACAUGGCGACUUUGAGACAUGUGCGACUUCUGUCGCUAACGUCAAAAUUGAUAUUGCGAGAUACUCAUAAUUUAAAUGUAACUUUAGUGAAAUCAGAGGGUCUCUCCAGGCGAUGUCUCCAUGCUGCAUCCUGCAAGUAUCCACAGUCAUCUAGUUUUGUCAACAAAACUCAGAGGUCUAAGCUAAAUGUGUUUCAGAGAAGUCAGGCCCUAACAUGGAGCGUUUGUGGAGUCCAGCGUCACAAAAGCACCGAAGCAUCAACAAGCACACCUGAAUUGGAUGUAGAGCUAAACAGCUUCAUUCCCGAACCUCCCAGUUUGCCAUCAUAUGUGGAUCCAGUAGAGCUUCCACUUAAUGCCCUAGGCGAGCCCACCCUGCAGAGCAUGGGACUCGGCAGUAAUAUGCCUGCAGGUCUUUACCAGCAGGCCCUAGAAUAUCUUCAUGUGGAAGGACUGACCUGGGUAGGAGCCAUAGCUGUAGUUACAAUAGCUUUAAGGCUUGCAAUGUUUCCACUGAAUGUCUUGGUACAAAGAAAUGGUGUGAGAACCCAAAAUGCUGCUCCAAAAAUUGCUGCAAUCAACGACAAGCUGCACAGAGCACAACAAGGAGGGAAUUCACUUCUAGUACUGAAAUGUCAUCAGGAAUUGAAAGAUUGCAUGAAAACAGAAAAUUGCAAUCCUCUCAAAAAUUUUGCUGUGCUAUUUGCCCAGGGGCCUGUAUUUAUGACAGUGUUCACAGGCCUGAGAGGAAUGACCAAUCUACCAGUGGAGAGUAUGAAAACAGAGGGGAUAUGGUGGAUGACAAACAUUACUGUGCCAGACCCAGUGUUUCUCCUGCCCAUUCUCACUGCCUCCACGUUAUUAUUGAUAAUUGAGAUUGGAGCUGAUACUGGUGUAAAAUUAGAUGCAUCAGGUAAAAAGAUAAAACAAGUAAUAAGGAUUUUACCCUUAAUUACUUUAGUCUGCAUUGCCAAGUUCCCUGCGGCACUGUGUUUUUACUGGUUUACAUCAAACUGUUUUUCCCUUGUGUUGAGUCUGUUCUUCAAAAUACAACCUGUCAGGAGGUUUUUCAAAAUACCUGAGAGGAAAAUAAUAAAAGUAACUGAACAGCCUGGAGACAUGCCACUGGACAAGAGAGGAUUUAUGGAAACAUUUACACAAGGUAUGAAGAUGUCAAAUAAAAUUGCAGAAUAUGAAUCAAGAAAUAAAGUGGGUGCGAUAACACCACAGAGUGAUCGUACAGGUAAAAAAGGCAAGUCAACCUCCACAAAAGACAAAUCCAAAACCAGCUGAAUAAACAAACCAAGGUGAAAGAAAAAUGGAAAAAAGAACAUUUACUUCAAUACCAAUUUGUUACAUGAAGAGGAAUUGAAAAGUAUAUGAAGAUAUGAAACAAAGAAUUUGUGAUAAGAUUGUAUGUUGUGCGAGACUGGUGAAUGCUGUGGAUAGUAAAAUGUACUGAGAGGAUAGUAAUAAUAAUUGGUUAUAUUCGUUAACUUAUCCACCCCUGACAACACAUUUGAACUCUUCCAAUCCAAAGGUUAGAAUAGUCUUUCAUGGCAUUUCAGGGGUGAAUAAGUUAAUGUAGAGUGGUUUACUAAGUGGAUAUGAUGUAUAACACGUUUGUCUGUUUGAUUAGCCAAAAUAGUAAGCUUGCAAACAGAAUUAAGGAUCCUAUACCACUGCCAAAACUGUAAUAAUGCAUUCAAGACCGGUUUUUCUGGCAAGACUAUAGCUCUGAUGAAUCGUUUCUGAAAAGACAGCCUUAUAAUUACUUUGUGGAACUUUUUCAUUGAAGUAAGAAGAUAAAGAUGGGCCCUAUACUUCAAAUUAACUGACUAAGGUACUUGGUUAACGGAAGUGUUCUUGCACAACUGUGCUACAUCUAUAUCCAAAAGGGGAGGUUACUGUAUAUAGGAAAAACCAUAGAACAGGGAUCCUCAAUACAUGUACAAUGUCCAGUGAAUAAACACCUGACCACAAAAGUGUCAUGCAGGUGGCCUUGACAUUGUUCAAUAAUUCCCUCAGUGUUCUGUAAACAAACAUAUUUAAGCACAGUUAAAUGCAAUCAUAGAUAGGCACAGAUGAAUGUACAAAAAGAACUUAAAUUAGUUUACCCCUGAAUUUUAUCUGAUAACAGCUUAGUGAUGUUAUAUUGUUGUAAGAACAGCUUUUGAGAAAGGGUGCAUGCUAUUUGACUGUGUCAGAAUAAAAAAGGAAAUUUAUACUGUUACCACACAACUGAUGCUGAGCUUAUAUUUAGUCAAUAUUACUGACAUGAGAAUCAUAUGCUGGUUUCUCUCAGAACCCUUUUUUUUUUCUUCGAAACAUUGUAUAAAAGCUUAUAACUAAAUUAGAUAUUGUGAGUUGAAUGGAAGGUUGGUAAAUGUGUAAACAAAAUUGUGAGUUGAGUGGCAGGUUGGUAGAUAUGUAAACAAUAGUAAGCGGAAUGGAAGAUCCGUAGCUAUGCUGUAACAGGAGAGAAAGCACACAACCAGAUCAGGACUUGAACCCCGAACCCGCCUGGUCAUUGGCAAUCAACCCAACUCAAUUCUGCUACAUUCCUCCCUCCUUUUUCUUUUCUUUGCUCCAAAAGACUAUCAUGGUAUUUACGACUCUAGUUCUGGUAUCACCUUGCCAAGCAGAAACAUAGUACUCGAAUAAAGGUUUUGGUCACAGGCACCGUAGGCCAUCUUAAAAUCCUUCUUGUUCCGUACAGAAGAAGGGAUCUAAACCAAAUUUUAUAUAGAGUAUCCUCGGACAAUAGGAUUCAAUGUUGUAUUGCAAUGGGGACAGGGGGAUAGGACCCAACAUUGUAAGGGUGUUGCUGAAAGACAGAUAAAAUAUUUGUUAAUAUUUGCAGUAACAUUUAACGAGAAUAUUUUGACAAAUAUCCAGUUGAGUGACACAUGCCCUGUGGGCCUCUUGUUUAUACCCUGUUACAGUGUGAGCUAUUAUUGUAUGUGGAAUGGAAGACUGGUAAUCAUGUACACAAAAGUUUAUUAAUGGAAUGGAAUGAAGGAAAUGGAUGACACAUAUAAAUAUGUUGGCACUGCAGGAGACAGAACCUUGUACAGAGGAAGCAUGUGGCUCAAUCAGGUUAUAUUAUUCUAAAACAAAUGAUUGGGAAGAUGGUCUCUAAUGUCGUAAAUAUUCCUUCGUUUGGUUUGAUGAAUGAGAUAUUUUAAAAGAAUUGGACGAAUGCUGUUUGUUGAAUUUCUGUACAUUUCAUCAAAUUGCCGCCAUACUAUAUUUAUUUUGACAUUAAUUUGCAUACAUGUUUAGUAAUGUGAUAGAAAGAAACUUAUGUACUGUGUAGUGGUUAAAUUUUAGCGGGGCUAGUACUUUGCACCGAACAGAACUAGCUUGCGAGGAUGAAAUUUCGGGCAACACAGCCAGGUAGAAAUCUCACGCUGACGAAGGUACUUAAGUAUUUAGGUGAUGAGAGUUGUUUUACAAGUGUUUUGUGAAAAUAAAGUAAAUAUGAUACUGAA